AUGGUUAUGUAUUUAACAUAUUCAGUGAAUGUUAAUAUUUUAAUUAAGAAUAUCAAAAAAGAAAUCGAUAAAAUGAUAUUAUUUUUACUGGUAGUUUAAAAACAAGCUUUGGCUAAACAUUUGAUAAGAAAAAAGAUCAACUAUUAUUAAAAUAAGAACUAUUUGAAAAUUCUGAAAUGA